AUGGCUCGGGCAGAAGAAAGGCUCAAUCAGCUACAAGCACAACCUAAUGCAAGUAUCACCGGCACGGCGUUAGGCCAGCCGUCUUUCAUCAAGUACAUGAGUAUCGACACCCAUGCAGAUGCGGCGAAUUUUGAAGCCACGACGAACGGGCUGUUCCAGGCGGGCGGUGCCAGUGUUGCUCAGCAAAAUCAACAUCAGGAGACAGAUUGGAGCGCUGACAGCUGA